AUGUCUGACGACAAAAUUGCUGCCAAGGACAGGCAACCGAGUACACUUGAGGCUCGACGUGAAAGCGUCGCGACCUUGACACGCAACUUGGAGGGCGAAAUUCGAAAUCCCCUUCGCGACAUUCCCAAGGAGGAGUUACUCAACAAUGUCGCCACUUUUCACCAGAACAAAAAUCUUCCCGAGGAAAUACUGCCCCUAUUGAAGAAGGGAGCACUCGUCGCGCAAAACCCCACUGAGUUUGAAACCAUCGAAGAACUUGAGGAGAGCGACAAGCAGCCUCUGAGGGAGGAGAUCACCAAAAGAUGGAAGCAUCCUUGGGCCCUGUACUACACCAUCAUUCUCAACUCGAUUGCAGCAGCCAUUCAGGGAUGGGACCAGCUAUUCAGCACUCUUGCUUUGGGCCCUAACAACUUCUCGCAGACCGGUUCCAAUGGGGCCAACUUGACAUUCCACGCCGCGCUCGGCAUCCCCGAUUCUGCUGGAUCUGCCUGCGGUCCAGUGGCUAAUGAAGGCGAUUGUGCAAAGAACAGCUGGAUCAUUGGGUUUGUGAACGCGAUGCCAUAUAUCACUAUAUUCCUCUUUGCUGGCUGGAUAUCUGAUCCCCUCAACGAGUGGCUCGGCCGUCGUGGGGUCAUUUUCGUCGCUGCGAUCUUUUCUCUGCUAGCACCUUUUGGCAUGGGCGUCUCACAGACUUGGGGGCAACUUGCAGCAUGUCGCAUGCUCCUGGGUAUUGGCAUGGGGUUGAAAGAGGUUACUGUCCCAGUGUUCUCAGCAGAGAACGCACCCACAAUCAUUCGGGGAGGUUUGGUUAUGUCUUGGCAGGUCUGGACAGCCUUUGGCAUCUUUCUCGGGACUUGCGCCAACCUUGCGGUCGGAAAGACGGGCGAAAUUUCCUGGCGCUUGCAGUUCGCAUCCGCCUUUAUUCCAGCUGUCCCUCUUGUCCUUGGAACCUGGUUCGCACCCGAGAGCCCUCGAUGGUACCUUAAAAAGGGACGACACACUGACGCCUGGAAAUCUCUGCUUCGCCUUCGGAACACACCACUUCAGGCUGCCAGAGACUUGUACUACAUAAACGCGCUAUUGGAGCAGGAAGAGGUACUUGUCAGCGAAGCCGGGCUGAAAGUGACCAGCAACGUGUUUACUCGCUUUGUUGAGCUUUUCACCAUUCCGCGGAUUCGCCGUGCAACAUGGGCUUCAGGUAUCGUCAUGAUUGCCCAGCAGAUGUGCGGUAUCAACAUCAUUUCCUUUUACAGUGCAACAAUCUUCAAAGAGAGCGGCAUUGACGAUUAUACCUCUCUCUUUGCUAGCUUCGGUUUUGGCUUGGUCAAUUUCGUCUUUGCUUGGCCAGCUGUCUGGACGAUUGAUACUUUUGGGCGACGGACGUUGCUACUAUUCACCUUCCCGAAUAUGUUUUGGAGUCUGCUUGCUGCCGGACUUUGCUAUUUGAUUCAGCCUGAUGUCGAAAACAGCACCGCGCGCAUUGCUGCGGUCGCAACCUUUGUCUACAUCUUCGCCGCGUUUUACUCUCCAGGAGAAGGUCCUGUCCCCUUCAUGUACUCUGCAGAAGUAUUUCCUCUCUCACACAGAGAAGUAGGAAUGGCCUGGGCUGUGGCAACCAAUAACUUUUGGGCAUCCGUCCUCUCCCUGACAUUCCCUCGUAUGUUGAUUGCUAUGACAGCAACAGGAGCAUUCUGUUUCUAUGCGGGACUCAACUUGGUCGCCUUGGCUCUCAUCUUCCUGUUUGUGCCUGAAACGAAACAGAAGACCCUUGAAGAGCUUGACUAUGUCUUUGCUGUCCCUGACCGAACGCAUGCUCGCUACCAGCUGAGGACUGUGCUUCCGUGGUGGAUUAGAAGAUGGAUUUUCUUCAGAAAGGGCGAAGUGUGUCCAGAUCUGUACCGGGACGCAGCUGUGCAGUCACCGUGGGAUGCUGCUGCUGGUCUUGGUGAGAAAUCCGGAUGA